GGGAGCCCGAUGCGGGGCUCAAUCCCAGGACCCUGGGAUCAUGACCUGAGCUGAAGGCAGACGCUUAAUGACUAAGCCACCAAGGGGUACUUGUUGCAUUAUUUCCUCAGGUUCUCUUCUAGAUCUGGCAUUGCUGGGUGAGAUAAAGGGGUAUGUGUGCAUGUCUUAAGGCUUUUGAUGUAUGUAUGGCUAGAAAGGUAACAACCAACUCUCACCAGUUAAGUAUGAGCAUACCGACUUCAUGUAUGUGCACCAAUGUCAGGUGUAAUACUUUUUUAAUUUCCAAUCUGGUGGGUAAAAUAGUAUUUGGUUUUAAUUUGUUCAGUUUCUAAGGAGGAUGAACAUUUAAAAAAUGUGUUAACCAUAUAUAUAUAUAUUCUUGUGAAAUGCUAAUUCCAGGUCUUGGAUCCACUUGUCUUUUGGCAAGCUUUUCUUUUUCUUAGUUGAGGGAAGCCCUUUUUAUAUUGAAGAUAACAGCCACUACCCAUUCUGUUUCAUAUCUUGCUGAUAUUUGAGGCUCUGUGGUUAGAUUUUAUUUUACUUUAUUUUUGAGUAAGUAAUACAAACAUAUGGGGUAUGUAGUGAAGAGCUAAUUGUGCGUCCUUUCAGAGAUAUUCCAUAUAUACAUGAACAUAUAUGUGUACUUAUCUUACUUUAUUAUUCAAAUGUAAGCAGACUCUACACAUUAUUCUGCACCUAUCCUUUUUUAUUUACUAGUAUGUCUUCAGAUUGUUUCUUUUUCUUUUUUUUUUUUAUUUCUUAUUUUAUUUUAAGUAGGCUUCACACCUAGCAUAGAGCCCAAUGCAGGGCUUGAACUCACAGCCCUGAGAUCAAGACCUGAGCUGAGGUCAAGAGUCAGACACUUAACCAACUGAUCCACCCAGGUGCCCCAAGAUUGUUUCUUAUCAGUACAUGUAAUAGUGCCUCUAUUUAUUAAGGGCAGCAGUUACAGUUCAUUAUAGGAUGGACUAUAAUUUAAUAGUCCUUAUUGAUGGGCACUCACAUCAUUUUUUUAAGUCUUUCACUAUUUUUAAAAAUUUUGGGGCACCUGGCUGGCUCUUUCAGUGGAGCAUGUGACUCUUGAUCUCGGGGUUAUGAGUUAGAGCCCCACAUUGGGUGUAGAGAUUACUUUAAAAAAAAAAUCUUUAAAAAAAGAAUUCUAGGGGCGCCUGGGUGGCUCAGUUGUUAAGCGUCUGCCUUCAGCUCAGGUCAUGAUCCCAGGGUCCUGGGAUCAAACCCCGCAUCAGGCUCCCUGCUCCGCGGGAAGCCUGCUUCUCCCUGUCCCACUCCCCCUGCUUGUGUUCCCUCUCUUGCUGUCUCUCUCUCUCUGUGUCAAAUAAAUAAAUAAAAAUCUUUAAAAAAUAAAAUAACAUAAAUUCUAUAAUCACUAUCCUUUAUAUGUAAAUGAUUUUAUAAGCAUUUUUAGCUGGAUUAUAAAUCCUUAUUGCAUCUGAAAUUUGACCACCUAUUGUAGUUCUUUAAAAACUUUCCUGGCAAAUUCAUUUCCUGUAAAGAAAAUAAUAGUGUGACUGCAUUGCAUAAUACAGUACACAGAGCACCUUGGUUUAUUUAAUCUUUAUGAGAUAGAGAAGGUAGUACUAUCUCCAUUUCCCAGAUGAGAAAGCUGAGGCUAUUCAGACCAUAAAAGCAGAAAAUAUUGGGAUUUAUGCUAUAUCAGUUGCACAAUUUGUAAUACCCAUUGCACAAGUGUCCCUUCCCCUAGGUGGUUAGAUUAUUUUGCUUGGAGUUUUUGCCAGCUGAGCUGUGUGUCUCUAAAUUAUCCACGAUAAGGACUAUUUCUUACCACAUUUGUGCACACUUAAGGAAGGCAGAUACAACUGUGGUUUUAAUAAGGAAGCUAAAACUUCUGGGAUAAAAUAAUAUACCCAAGACCAAAUUACAGAUUUUUGGAUUGUCAUCUUAGUGUGGUGUUAAUAGAGAUUUGACUUGAGAUCCUCAAAGCAGCAUACUUUGUAAAGCAGUAACAUGAGAAUACCUCGUAGGUCAAUAGGUUUGUUCUCCACGAGCUAACAUCAAGAAAUGGAAGAGGAAGACAUCUGAAAAGCCAGAGAUAAGAUACCUAUGAUCCCAAAGGAAGUCCUGUUUUUUGUUUAAGAUUUUUUAUUUAUUUUAAGAGAUAGAGCAUGAGCACUGGGAGGAGCAGAGGGAGAGGGACGAGCAGACUGUGCUGAGCGUGGAGCCCGAUGCAGGGCUCCAUCCCAGGACCCUGAGAUCAUGACCUGAGCCGAAAUCAAGAGUCAUAUGCUGAACCGACUGAGCCACCCAGGCACCCCGGGAAGUCCUGGUUUAAAGGAAGUUUUAUCCAUCAGAUCAUCUGAUUCUAAGCUGAACAUGGUUAUGCCUCCAUGUUACCAUACAAUAACAAGGACAGAGAUGCCUUAAAACGGAGGAACAAAUCCAAGAAGAAUAACAGCAGUAGCAGAUCAACUCACAAUGAAAUGGAGAAGAAUAGGCGGGCCCAUCUUCGCUUGUGCCUGGAGAAGCUGAAGGGGCUAGUUCCGCUUGGGCCCGAAUCGAACCGGCACACUACAUUGAGUUUAUUGACAAAAGCCAAAUUACACAUAAAGAAACUUGAAGACUGUGACAGAAAAGCCAUUCACCAAAUAGACCAGCUCCAGCGAGAGCAGCGGCACCUGAAGCGGCAGCUGGAGAAGCUGGGCAUCGAGAGGAUACGGAUGGACAGCAUCGGCUCCGCCGUCUCCUCGGAGCGCUCGGACUCCGACCGGGAAGAAAUCGACGUGGACGUUGAAAGCACAGACUAUCUCACGGGCGACCUGGACUGGAGCAGCAGCGGCGUGAGCGACUCGGACGAGCGGGGCAGCAUGCAGAGCCUGGGCAGCGACGAGGGCUACUCCAGCUCCAGCGUGAAGAGAGUAAGGCUCCAGGACCAUCACAAGACGUGUCUGGGCCUCUGAAGCGCGGGGUGGCCGCGGCUGCCUCCCGGAGGGCUGUGCCGGCCGAGCGGAUUAGGUAGUGUAUCGGACCCAGCCGCAGUCCCCUUGCACGUAAGCUUCCGUGCCCCACCUGUACCAGAGUCAGCUCUGUAAACGUUUUCCGGGAGGUGCUUAGGAUUGUGGGUUUCUGACUGCACCCACUAGCUUCUCUCUCUCUCCAUAAAAAUCCGUCUGCCAGACCGUACAUUCCAAUCAGUUCGAAGCACCCAAGAGCUUAGGCCGAAUAAGCAACUUCCACAGCUCCGCGAUCUCCCCCUCUUCCGUGCUGUCCCCGGUAGUCUAGCAAACCUUCUCAGUUUUCUGGCUGUGUUACUCACCUAGCAGAAAUGUCCGAAUGUUCUUGUGCUUAGCGAACGGAAGGAAACAAACUUUAAAAGUUGAGAUCCUGAUCUCAGAACUCCAAAGUAAGCUUUGAAAGCGGCAUUUAAGAGCACUGCACCGUGGACCUCACCCCCCGUGAGGAGUCCGGAAUACCUCCAGAAAACACCCUUCACACACACACACACACACACACACCCCCUCCGUGCUAACUCCCCCGACCCGCGUGUGGAUGGGAGCAGUAUUUCUCACUUGAAAGUGGACACCGUGCUAACAUGUCUUUGGGGUCGCACAGCUCAUGCAAGUUCCAGCAUGAACAAACAAGACGGUACAAUCUCUGUCGCGAUGUUCUUGGGACCGCGCUCUGUACUGCUCUCCCAAGGCACGUUUUCCCCUCAAAGUUUGUUAUGCUACUUGUCUCUGGAACGUUUUUUUUUCCUACCUCAGAGAUAAACGAGAUCUCCAUUUCCCACUUAACACAAAGUGAUUAUGCCUUUUUUUUCACCCCCAAAUAAGUGACAUUUGGUCCAGUUCUAAUCUAUUUUCCUACUUAACUUUCAGCAAUAACUGAGCUUUGGCGCUAGCUGAGCUAGUGUCCAUCAUCAGUGAAAGGAAAAGUCCGCAUUUCUACUCUCUGUUGCAGGUGAACAGGAGGGGAUGGUACAGUGUUAUCAGAAUUCCUCUCCUUAUUUUUGGAUAUACCCAGAAACUUCUUUAUGGAGGCUUUUGGGUUUCUAGUUUAAAAGGCUGAUCUCUCUUUUUGGUUAUGAUUUCUCCCUUAAGUGGUCUCCCACUUUGUAGCAUUUUUAUUUAAGCUAAAACAGAGCACAUGUAUAUGUACAUAAGACACAUUAAAUCUAUAAAUACUAUUUAUUCAUUUUAUAUAAACUAAUGUAAUGGAAAACAAAUUCUUAUGACUUUGUGCUUUUAUAGAUGUUCUAGAAACUUUGUAUGUAGGUAUCUACAAAAUUGGUUCAUUCCCCUUAAUAUUUUUGCAUUCAUAUUUUUGAGGUCGAGGUUUUCAGCCUCUGGCAAAUCUUUUUCAUUGAAUUUGAACCAUUUGUAAAACCUGUGACGCUGAAACAGAGUGUGUGUCACAAAGUGACGAGAACAUUCCUAAAAUCCACAGACGCACUGCAACCUAAGGGCUCCACGGCUGAAGCAGCGGCAGGUGGGCGGGCGGCUGCCCCGAGCCCCCGCCGCCCGCGUUCUCUGGCACCCCAGCCUCGCCACGCCUCCGGCGCCUCCACCUUCCACACGACUCAAAGUUCAAACGCCCUCAACGCGGAAGCUCAUUCUAUACACGAAGAGCGGUCUAAACAAAGCAAGAUUACUUUUGUUCUUUCAUUUUAAUGAUUCUCUACUGUAUUAAAAUUUUUAAUUGGAAGUAGUCGAUUCCUAAAUGAUUCCAAAGUCAUCUGUACUUCUGUUUUUGUUUUGUUCUGUUUUUUUCCUGCAUUUCAGCUGUGGGUGGGUAGGUGGGGGGGGGAGGGGCAGGUGACACAAAGGAUUUUUUUUUUAUUAUUGGAAUCUUUUCCAAUGACCAGCUAAAGAUUUGCACUGAAAUACAACUUGUAUGCCUUUUGCAUUUUUAAAGCCUGCUUCCUGAAUUAAGCAGAGUGAUACUGUUCAACGAGCCAGCUCAGCCUGUAACAUGUUUGAAAAAAUAUAUCUGCACUUUGAGGUCCCUUUCAAAUGCCAUUCGCUAGACCUCUCAAGCGUUUUAAUUGCUACAUUCAAGCGCCUCACAAGUCCAAGAUGCUGGAUGCCAUAUGGCAUCGAAAACUCAAGACUUUGGGCAAAGCUUGUGGGCUUGCAUUGGGGGAGGGAAGGGAACAGAAUUUGUGUAUUUGUUCGAUUUAGAAAUAAGGCAUCUGAGAGAUGCCGUUAUUUUCUGUUUAAGUUAAACUGCAUUUUUUGUCUUUUGGUUGAAAUAUGAAAUGUACUGUCCCAAUAUAAAACAGUAAUUAUUUGA